AUGACGCUGACCCGACGACUUUUAUUAAAUCAGGACACAAUGAUAUCCCCGACUCUAAUUAAUUCUCGAGACGGGUCGAAUGACCCGGGUCGAUUAGAUCGGCUCAGAGCACUACCCUCAGAAAUUAAAGCGGGUUAUUAUUUCCCGAAGCAAGCUAGAAUAUCGAGAUUCAAAGCUGGUGGAGUUAGAAUAUCACUAUGGAAUGGUGCUAUCACUGCUUUAUCAAAUAAUAAGUUUCAUGCAUACAAUGACGAAGCUGAAGUAAUUAUUGGUGGAAAUAGGUUUGCUCCAAAAUAUUUAUUAAUUACAAUUCCAAAGUAUUUAUUUAAUACAACAUAUAAUAUGUCUAUAAAUAGUAAAAGAAAGCUGGAAAUGAAUUGGUAA